CCGCGUAUUCCAAUUUCCAGAGGGAAGUUACAUGUUUUUUUUGUUAUUUGUCUAUAUUUUAAUUAUUUAUGUCUUCAAAGUGGUUCAAGAAUUGCAAAUCCGCGCGUCGUCAUCUAUUAAAUGUACUCUUUAAUCUUCAAGCUGUUGACAAAGAAAUUAAACCUUGUUAUUUGUGGGACGCAUUUCCAGCUGACAUAUCGGAAGUAAAACUGUACUUGAAUGAACUUUACAGUUCCGGACAAAUUAGCAAAAGCUUGAAUGCUUUUUUAGUGAACGACACAAUAUUCGUGACUCGAUUUGAAAAUUUAAAAACUCAAUUAGAUAAUUUAGGUGCUAAAAAAGUAAAGGUGAUUGAUGUAUCGAAAGAAAAUGUCAUGCCAAUUAUACUUCCUGCGGAAGAAAAGUCAAAAGUAUUGAAAUCUGUUAUGAAAAAUGUUCAUACGUUACUUUCUAGUCUCACGGAUCCCGAUUCUUGUGAUAAAGAAGUAAAAAAUGCUGAUGUUCCGAUAUGUAACAUCACUACAUUAUACGGCGUACUUGUUGGUUAUCCAGUUUUGUACUGGUACAGUUUGCAAAGCCAUAAUUCCGAUUUUACUUGUUUAUCUAUGGUACCUCUCAAAGUGUACAAGGUCAUGUCCAAUUUUAGUUCUUCAGAUUUUUCAGGCUUUGGGGCUAGUGUUUCCCAAUCUGCUAGAGAAUUAUUUUCUUUCAGUAUUCCAGAAAAUGUUUCCAAUAAAACUGAAAGCUUAGUGAAUGAAUGGUUUGACUCUCUCUUGAAAAAGUGCAGUGAUACAAAGUUUUGCAAACUGGAAAUUAUGCAAAAUUCUGUGACUCUACCCUAUGUCUCGCUUUAAAAUGUGCAUUAAUAUUUAUGCAAUAACAAUGAUAAUUUUCUGCAUUCUGAUGUGAUAUAUGUCAAGGGACAAAAAAUAAUUUCAUCAAUGAAUUAUUUAAAUCUCGAAAAUUACUUUUUUUAUUUUUUGUA